AUGUCCGACAAGGCGUCCAUCCGGAAGCAGGAGUCCAUCUCCGACCGCUCCGAGAAGGAGGUCAAGCACAUUGACAACGCCGCUGCCAACGUCAAGCUUGCCAACCCCCUCGCCGGCCUCUCCCACGACCAGCUCAUCGAGGAUGCGACCCUCUUCGCAAAGGAGCACAACCUCGCCCAUCUCUCCGAGCAGUUCCAGAAGGGCGCCCUCCUCGCUCAGGACCCGACUCUCUUCGAGUCUCUCCCCCAGCUCACCGAGGAGGACAGGGUGAUUCUCCGCAAGGAGCUCACCAACCGGUGGCAUCAGCCGCUCCAGCUCUAUUGGCUCGUCUUCCUCUGCUCCAUGUCUGCCGCCGUCCAGGGUAUGGACGAGGCGGUAAUCAACGGCGCGAACCUCUUCUUCCCUCGGGAAAUCGGCAUCCCCCAGGACUCGAGCACGAACGAGUGGCUGCUCGGUCUCGUGAACGGCGCCCCCUACCUCUGCUGCGGUCUUAUCGGCUGCUGGGUGUCCGCCCCGAUGAACAAGCGCUUCGGACGGCGGGGCACGAUCUUUAUUUCCGCCUUUGUGUCCUUCAUCACCUGCAUCUGGCAGGGCCUCACCAACACCUGGUGGCACCUCUUCAUCGCCCGUUUCUUCCUCGGCUUCGGCAUCGGCCCCAAGUCUGCGACGGUACCCGUGUACGCCGCGGAAUGCACCCCGCCCGCCAUCCGUGGGGCGCUCGUUAUGAUGUGGCAAAUGUGGACCGCGUUCGGCAUCAUGAUCGGCACCGUCAUGAGCUUGGCCUUCUACCACGUGCCCAGUCCCUCCAACAUCAACGGCCUCAACUGGCGUCUCAUGCUCGCCAGCGCCGGUGUCCCCGCCCUGUUCAUCAUGUCCCAGGUCUACUUCUGCCCCGAGUCUCCCCGUUGGCUCAUGAACAAUGGUCGCUACGAGGAAGCGUUUACCUCCCUCCGCCGCCUCCGUUACUCCGACAUCCAGGCCGCCCGUGACCUGUACUACAUCCACGUCCAGCUCGAGGCCGAAAAGGAGAUCCAGCAAGGUCGCAACCUCUUCCGCGAGCUCUUCACCGUCCCUCGCAACCGCCGCGCCACCCUCGCCUCCACCAUCGUCAUGUUCAUGCAGCAGUUCUGCGGUGUCAACGUCAUCGCCUACUACUCCUCCAACAUCUUCUCCCAGGCCAACUUCACCGACAUCCAGGCCCUCAUCGCCUCAUGGGGCUUCGGCAUGCUCAACUGGGUCUUCGCCAUUCCGGCUGUGUACACGAUCGACACCUUCGGUCGUCGCAACCUCCUCCUCGUCACCUUCCCGCUCAUGUCCCUCUUCCUCCUCAUGACCGGCUUCGCCUUCUGGAUCCCCGAAGACUCCAAGGCACGCAUCGCCGUCGUCGCUCUCGGCAUCUACCUCUUCACCAUGGCCUACUCCCCCGGCGAGGGUCCCGUGCCGUUCACCUACUCGGCCGAGGCCUUCCCCCUCUACGUCCGCGACGUCGGCAUGUCCUACGCGACCUCCGUCCUCUGGUUCUUCAACUUCGUCGUCGCGAUCACCUUCCCCCGCCUGCUCUCCGCCUUCCAGCCCCAGGGCGCGUUCGGGUGGUACGCGGGCUGGAACGCGAUCGGCUUCGUGCUCAUCCUCCUCUUCCUCCCCGAGACCAAGGCGCUCUCCCUCGAGGAGCUCGACCAGGUGUUCUCGGUCUCGACGCGCACGCACGCCGCCUACCAGCUCAAGGCGCUCCCGCACCACAUCAAAAAGCACGUCUUCCGCAUGAAGGUCAAGCCCCUCCCGCCGCUGUACGAGCACGAGGGCAUGAUCGGCGAGAAGACGUACGCGCCCGCCGGCGCGGGCCACUGA